CCCGCCCACUCGAAAGUGGGUGAAAGGUCGGCGGAGCCGGAGCUGCGACUGGGGCGGUGCAGCGAGGCGGCAGGGAACGUCCUGACGGACAGACGGACCAUGACGGACCAGGCGAAGCCCAUCAGUCCGCUGAAGAACCUGCUGGCCGGCGGCUUCGGAGGCAUGUGCCUGGUGUUUGUGGGGCACCCGCUGGACACGGUCAAGGUCCGACUGCAGACGCAGCCCCCGAGUCUGCCUGGACAGCCUCCCAUGUAUUCUGGGACCUUUGACUGUUUCCGGAAGACUCUUAUGAGAGAGGGCGUCAGGGGGCUGUAUCGAGGCAUGGCCGCCCCCAUCAUCGGGGUCACCCCCAUGUUCGCCGUGUGCUUCUUUGGGUUUGGUUUGGGGAAGAAACUGCAACAGAAACACCCAGAAGACGUGCUCAGCUACCCCCAGCUGUUUGCAGCUGGGAUGCUAUCUGGCGUAUUCACCACGGGAAUCAUGACCCCUGGAGAACGGAUCAAGUGCUUGUUACAGAUUCAGGCUUCUUCCGGGGAAACCAAGUACGCCGGUGCCCUGGACUGUGCGAAGAAGGUGUACCAGGAGUCCGGGAUCCGAGGCAUCUACAAGGGGACUGUGCUCACCCUCAUGCGCGACGUUCCGGCCAGCGGGAUGUAUUUCAUGACGUAUGAGUGGCUGAAGAACAUCUUAACUCCCGAGGGAAAGAGCGUCAGUGAGCUCAGCGUGCCUCGGAUCCUGGCGGCUGGGGGCGUCGCUGGGAUCUUCAACUGGGUGGUGGCAAUCCCCCCGGAUGUGCUGAAGUCCCGCUUCCAGACUGCUCCUCCUGGAAAAUACCCCAAUGGCUUCCGAGACGUGCUGCGGGAGCUGGUCCGGAAUGAAGGAGUCGCGUCCUUGUACAAAGGGUUCACGGCGGUGAUGAUCCGAGCCUUCCCGGCCAACGCGGCCUGUUUCCUCGGCUUUGAAGUUGCCAUGAAGUUCCUUAACUGGAUCACCCCCAACUUGUGAGGCUGAAGGCUGCUCGAGGCUUCCGGAUGCUGGGAACUUCCCGAAGAGGAGCGGUGGGCAGGACUAGGCG